CACGGAAAUUAAAUAAAAAAAGGGAAAAGCCGUGCCUUUAAGUAUCCCUCCUCCGCUCCACCCUUGGCGUUGCUCUCGGCCGAUUGCAAGAAGAGAGGCUAGUGUAGCGAGCGUGCUACUUCAGGUCAGAUCCCUCGAUUCUCCUACUCCCUUCUUCUUGUCCAUCCUAAUAUCUCAUCGAAGCUUCGAUCUUGGAUCGUUUUCGCUUCCAAAAAAUUCGGUCGUAGUGGUUUUCUAGGGUUUCAACAAUUCGAUCUUUGCUAAGGUUUUCCUCCAGUUCUUCGUGAUCGGUCUUUAUCGCUGCAUCCCUUUUUUUCUUUUUCCUUCUUCAUUGAUUUGACGGGAUUACGAGGAUUAGGGUUUGGUUCUUAAUUUCUAGGGUCCCAGUUACUAGGGCUUCGAUUUUGCCCCCUUUCUCCUUUGAUUGCUAGGGUCUCGUUCUUGCCGCCGUUUAAUGGCUGCGGGUCGGCAGGGAGGCUACAAAGAUCGCGAAUUUAGGGACCGGGAAUUGGAUGUAGAGGUCUCCAGGAGGAAGGACCAUUAUCCGGUUCGGUACCGUGAUGGGGACCGGGACAGGAGCCAUGGGCGGGAUCUUCGGGAUAGGGUUAGGGAUAGGCAACGGGACGUCAAAAAGAGGGAUUCCUUGAACGGGUACCUACGUUCCCCUCUGAACGCAGGCAAUUCAAGCGGUGGAAGUGGGAACGAGCAGAAGCGGAGCCAGCUCUCGGGGAGAUUGGUUGAUCGUGAGCCUGGGGAGCUAUCGAGUGGAAGCGGAUCGGAUGACCCCGACGCUUCUGAUUCGCAGCUUAGAGACAAUGGAAGUCGGAGCAAGGAAAAUGGGGUUUUGCCCUUGCCAAGCAGAAAGAGGAAGUUUUCACCAAUCGUGUGGGACAGGGAUGAUAGCAAGCAAUCUACUGUUGCGAGUUCAAGAAGCAGAAAUGACCCACCAGCACAUGCCGCUCUUCCUCCACCUCCUCCCCUGCCUAAUGGAUAUGUCCCACCUGAUUCGAUCGAGACAGUUCUGCAGUCCGUGGAGCAGCAGUCACCAGCAGAUGUGAAGAUCUCCAUUGAUUCACCUCAUGAUCAGCAAAUGGGUAAUGAUCAGGAGCCUGGGCAGAUCGAGGAUGAGGAGGAGUACCCGAUAGCAAGGAACAUUUCUACUUCACGAUGGGCAGAUGGGAACAGUGCAUUAGACGAUGAUGAAGCUGAAGCUUCUGACGAAGAAGUUGUGCCCAAGAGGAGGAAAAAUACUCCUUUGGCUGGUAAUAUUGUCGACCAGAAAUCACAUAAGAAGGAGCUGAGCCCUGAGCUUGGAGAGGUCGAUAUGAGAGAAGGUUCUGAUGGGGCAGCAUCCAAGCCAUCCACAUCUGGGGGAGACCAUGGGGAUGACCCUCAUGGAGUUGAGGUGGAUAGGAAUGAUUAUAUGGAUGUUGAUGGGGAGGAGGCUGAUGAGGACGCAACCGAUCAUUUGCCGGAGACAGAUUCUGAGACAGAGGAUGAUAUGGUUAAAACACCAGAACCUGUACAACCUCCCCAAAGAUGUAUAAACAUGCUAGAAGGGUGUAGAAGUGUUGAUGAGUUUGAGAGGCUGAACAAGAUUGAUGAAGGCACUUACGGAGUUGUGUACAGAGCAAAGGAUAAGAAGACUGGUGAAGUAGUGGCAUUGAAGAAGGUGAAGAUGGAGAAGGAGAGAGAGGGCUUCCCGUUGACCUCUUUGAGGGAAAUUAACAUUUUGCUGUCCUUUCACCACCCUUCAAUUGUGGAUGUGAAGGAAGUUGUUGUGGGCAGCAGCCUUGAUAGUAUCUUCAUGGUUAUGGAAUACAUGGAGCAUGAUCUCAAAGGGCUGAUGGAGACAAUGAAGCAGCCAUUUAGCCAGAGUGAAGUCAAGUGCUUAAUGCUUCAGUUGUUGGAAGGUGUCAAGUACCUUCAUGAUAACUGGGUACUCCAUAGGGAUCUAAAAACGUCAAAUCUUCUUCUGAAUAAUCGUGGUGAGUUGAAAAUAUGUGACUUUGGGUUGUCUCGCCAGUAUGGGAGCCCAUUGAAACCAUAUACUCACCUGGUGGUGACUUUGUGGUACAGGGCGCCAGAACUUCUUUUAGGAGCAAAGGAAUAUUCAACUGCUAUUGACAUGUGGUCAUUGGGUUGCAUAAUGGCCGAACUUUUAGCCAAGGAACCAUUAUUCAAUGGAAAAACUGAGUUUGAUCAACUUGACAAGAUAUUUAGAACACUUGGGACACCAAAUGAGAAGAUAUGGCCUGGAUUUGCUAAAUUACCUGGAGUCAAAGUUAACUUUGUGAAGCAGCCGCAUCCAGCUAUUGGUAUAAUAGGCUGCGGGAGAAGUUCCCACCGACAUCAUUUUCUGGUCGUCCAACUCUAUCUGAAGCUGGUUUUGACCUACUGAACAAACUGCUAACAUAUGACCCAGAAAAGCGGAUAACUGCAGAAGCUGCCCUUAAGCAUCCCUGGUUUAAUGAAGUUCCUUUACCAAAGUCAAAGGAUUUUAUGCCAACAUUUCCUGCUCAACAUGCGCAAGACAGGCGUAUGCGACGAAUUAUGAAGAGCCCGGAUCCGCUAGAGGAGCAAAGGAGGAAGGAAUUACAACAAGGUAGUACUGGCAGCAUUUUUGGUUGACCAGAACAAUGUGCGGUUGCACCUGAAUGUUGAAACACUACUGGUGUACACUGAACUGUUUUUGAGGUGAGAGGCAUGCACUGAACGUGAGGUUCCACAACUUGUGUUAGUCUCAGGCAACAAUUGAUGCCACUCUUUAGCAGGCAACUUCUUGACUUGGGUGGAGAGAAGAUAUUUUCUUCUCUGCCAUUGAGCAAAUUUUGUUGCAGGAUUAUUUUUUCUUCAGCAUCAAUGACCAUAAAAAGUGCUUCGUUUUAUGCAGCCUGCGUUGCAAGGUGUGGCAUAUUGGCUUUUUUUUUGUGCUAGGAUCAGUAUCUUUUGAAACUUGUGUAUGUAACAUAUUUCUUGUUGGUACAUUGUAAACGAUGCUAAAAAUGCCGGAUUUAAAUAACAGAAAUUUAUGGAUAUAUUGUGUAUAAUUUUUGUGCUGUUCUUUUGAUCUUCACAUUGUGUUUGCAAGAGACGAAUGGUGUGAAGCGGAAGGGGCGUUCUUUGCUUUCAAUCCCGGAGAAAUUGAUUGAAAGAAUUCUUGUAGAAAGUUUAAGCCAAGGCUUCUGCAAAAUAUGGAGCUUGAUGGCUCUUACCUGAAACUAGUAUGCAUAGAAAUUUCCUGUGGUCAGUAUCUUUCUACUAUUCUUUCUUCUUUUUGUAUCAAAAGCCUAACUGCAAGCUGUUCUUGUCCCAGUUGUAAUCUGUACAUCUUGGUGGGCCCAUUCUCACGGAUAGCAUCUGCCUGUGAGACACCAAUUCAUGUUGCUUUGUUUUUGAUCAAGUGCUUUAAUCUGCUUGUUUACCUUCUCUGUGAUUAUUGAAAUGUCAUAUUACAAGAUGUACAUGUUGGAGGCUUGAUCUUGUUGUCUUCCUGUUUCUUUUUAAUUGUGAAUUGUAUUGUCGAGCUUAGAGUUUUGGUGAUGUUUAGCUUUUAUUAAUGGUAAUAUUGGGAUGACACUGCUGUAUCAAAUCAUCUAAGUCAAAGGGGG